AUGCAGAUGACAGAUCUGUACCAAGAGGCCUAUGGAGAAUCAUCGCAUGAACAAAUUCCUAAUAGCUCGAAACACCUUCUUACCAAGAUCAAGGCUUUGUAUGCUAAUAAUCCGAAACAUCAUGGAGAAGGCACAAGUUCUAGAAAUAUCUGUGUUCAAACAAGUCAAAUGCGUCAUGGAGAAGGUUCGAAUUCAAGAAAUAUCCAUCCUCAAACAAGUCGUAUGCUCCACCAUGAUACAGAGGACGAAGUAUAUGAUUAUGAGCCAACCUCCGGUUUGGUCACGUUGCUGGAUAAAUUGAGCUUAAGAGAGAACCAUAAUGAUGCAAUCACGCAAGACCUAUCUGAUGUUCCACCUGAUGAGAGAACUUUGUUCGUGACAUUUUCUAAUGGCUAUCCACUGACCAAGGAUGAACUACACGAAUUUUUUAUGAGGCACUAUGGAGAUAUUGAAGAAAUAAGUGUAGAGGAGCCAAUCGGAAGUAGGCCACCACUGUACGCACACAUUACAUUUUACUCACAGAUGACACUCUUCCGUGUUCUAGACGGGAAUAUGAGAGUUAAGUUCAUGACCAGGGGAAAACAUCUAUGGGCUCGACAGUAUGUGCCAAAGAAGAAGAAGACAAUUGAUGUCUGA